GUGGUGGUUGGAAGAACCUGAAAUCACCCGAUCAUCCCCAAUUCCGCAUACGCCAAAUCCCUCACACAAAAGUAGGCUCGUUUGGACUCGGAAUAUACCCUCUUUCAUCACAUCCAAAAAUCAACAAUUUCAUCUCAUUCUUCAUCAAAAAAUACCCUAAACUUUUUUCCAAUUCUCUGCUUUUUUUAACGACCUCGCAUUUCUUUCUCAUCUGUAGAAACAAAAAUCAAUUAUUUAUUUAUUUAUUUAAAAUUUCAAUCGAGUUCUUGAGAGAUUGACUGAAGAAGAAGAUGGGUUAUGGAGAGAGAAGAAGAUAGUAUCAGUAGCGGUAGUAGUAGGGGAUGGGCACGGGGUCGGAGGCCAACGGGUGGAGCAGAGCUCGGGGAUUGGUGUUGAAGGCGGUGGUAUUGAUCGGAGGUGCGGUGUUGCUCAAGCGUCUCACCAAGUCCACCACUCGUUGGGACCAUUCUCGCUUCGUCGCUCAGUCUCUCUCCGGCGAGAAGUACUCGAGAGAGCAGGCUUCUAGAGACCCUGAUAAUUACUUCAAUUUGAGAUGGCUUUCAUGCCCAGCUGCGGAUAUGGUGGAUGGUUCAAAGGUUCUAUAUUUUGAACAAGCCUUUUGGAGGACUCCUCAUAAGCCUUUCCGUCAGAGAUUUUUGAUGGUGAAGCCUUGUCCAAAGGAGAAGAAUUGUGAUGUAGAGCUAAGUACAUAUGCUAUAAGAGAUGCAGAAGAGUACAAGAACUUUUGUGAUCGCUCAAAGGACCGACCACAACCAGAAGAAGUUAUUGGGGAUAUUGCAGAACAUUUGACAACAAUAUAUCUCAAACGCUGUGAACGUGGCAAGCCUUGCUUAUAUGAAGGUUCGACGGCAGAAGGAUUUCCUAAUUCUUGGAAUGGUGCGACAUAUUGUACCUCGGAUCUUUCGGUCUUGAAGAAUAAUGAGAUACACACCUGGGAUAGGGGCUAUGACGAUGAUGGAAACCAAGUUUGGGGUGUGAAAGGAGGUCCAUAUGAAUUCAAGCCGGCACCUGCUUCGAGUUUUGUUGACGUGCUUUCUCCUUUGAAUUUUCCUCCAAAGUCCAUGGAGAAAAGGAUAGAAGGUUCAUUUGUUCUCCAAGAAUGAUCACCUUCACUCACAAUCACAAUACAAAUCCAACUUCAUUUAAUUCGUCUUCCAUCAAUGUUUGCACAGAAACGUUCAAUACAAAUGACAAACAUUAUGCCCUGGAGAAUGAAUGGAUUUCUUAAGCCCUUGUAAAUAUCCAAACCGUCAUAUGGUGUUUGUAGGCUAAUACAGCUGAAAGUAUAGUGGAAUGAGUUAUAUUUUGUGUAAUACUUGCCCCUCAGGUUGGUAGAAAUUUUCUUGAUUAGUUCCUCUUGAUCUAGAUGGUUGAGGAUUAAAUUCAUUGAAAUUUUUAUGCAAUUAGUCUUUUGUUCUGAUGGAUUGGCAAA